CAAAACCAGUCAAGUUAAAGUGUUAAAAUAAUGAAGUUCUUACAAUUACUACUGGUGUUUGGAUUGUUUUGCAAGGCCAUAGACGCCGAGCAAAUAGAGCAAAUCGAAGAAAAUGUCAGCUUCAGCGUGUCAGCAAUUUGGCUGAGAUAUCAUAAAAAAGAAUGUACGUGUCCAGCACCGUGGGCGGAGGGCGUUCAAGAAUAUUACGUUGGUGUCAAAGAUGCUGUUAAAGACGGUUUCAAAUCGGAGAAAGCAAUUGAAAUAGGAAAUUGCGCAGUAAAAUCAUUGGGAGAAUUCAUCGAGAAAUUAAUCUACUUCACCGGUUCCAACUCAACAAUUGUAACAACGAGCGUAACAUCAAUUUUAAAUUCGUUGAGUACAUGCCGUAAGCUAAACGAAUCCGGUUUGAAAAUCAUUAUUGAAUUCGAUAAAGUAUUGCUGCCGCUCAUCGACAAUUUCAACAGAGUCGCUACAUCAUUAUCUCCUCAAAUCGGUGACUUGGCAUGUUCCUUUACGGAUGAUCUUUCCGAUCUCGGUCGCGAAUUUUCGAAAUUUCAGAAAGGAUUUAUUAGAAAUUGCCAACUAUUUCAAUGCAAAAAGAAAGUUGAUUACGAAUGUGUGCUCAAAAAAUUGCAGAAACUUUUCAACACCGUGGCAUCCAUUAACGAAAAUGUCCUGAACAAAUGUAGCUGUAAAGCGUCUCAGGCAGAGCAUGAAUCAGUUAUGAUUUUGGAUUUGCUCUAUUCAUUUAUGGCGAUUGCGGUCACAGGAAUCAAUAGCUGCGUUCUUGAUGAGUUGUACGCUGAAGAAUGUCCCGUUUCUAAAAAUUUCAAAUCUGUGUCGUUGACAUUUGAGUACACGCUCGUCCAAGUUAUCCAAGCUGUUUGUGCCAUUACUUAUCCAUUCGAAAAUACCAUUCAACAAUUGUUGACCGCUUUCGUCAACAUAUCCCAAACUUUAAAUGAGGCAGUAAAAGCCAUUUUCGGGCUGGUGCAAGGUGUGGGACUAACUGUUGAAAAAAUAACCACAAAUUUAUUGCAAGGACUUCAACUCGGCUGAUCAGCUAUAAAAGAUCGAACGAGCCUACAAUUAAAACGAUAUGAAUUUCUGUCUUACUUAAAUCGAUUAAAUCAUUUGUUUGUGCUUUAAAUCUAUGGAGCAAACCAGUGCCUAUUUUAUGGAAAUUUUUCUAAAUCUGUUUUGCACACGUAAAAAUCCCACUUUUGUAUCUCAACUGUUCGUUGUUCCUCUAAUUUCUCUCAUUUGUCAUUUGAAAUAAAAUACGAAUUGAAAGAAAUCAUAGAAACGAAGAGGAAGAAGCAGUAACACCUUAGAUACGAAAGUGGGAAUUUUUACGUGUGCAAGGGAGUAGAACAUUACAGAUAACCAUUUCUAUACAAUCGACGCUGAGUUGAAAGAUGGAAGUGGUGCAUCUAGUGUAAAAUCAAUCAAUACUUUGUUCCAUAGAAAUGCAUCUUAUAUUCACCCCAAUAAUAUGCAGUUUUUUAACUAGUAAAUUUAACGUUUCCUCCCGCUGUGAAUAAAAUAUAUUUUACAAAGAUCAUUCGACGUACACUUUCCUAGUGUUAGGCACUCGUUGUACGCGCUUAAUUGUGUGUAUUGGGUUAUGUUAAAAUCAGACCUCUUCUUUAUAAAGAAAAUUUUAACAAUAAAUUCAAACGUUACCAA